AUGCCUGCUUCUCCGCAUCCUGUUCUGCCCGACGAUGAGAGCGACGCUAGCUCAGGCCUGCCAGAGAUCUUCUCGAACAAUGCUUCCGACUCUGAUUCCUCCACCACGUCUAGCGACUUCGACGCUAGCAGCGAAUCCGAGUCCGAGUCCGACGAUGAGUCCGAAGACGAACUGGUACUUGAAGAUGAGGAGGAGCAACUUUCACCAGAAUACUACCUCCGGGAGGCCGAGUCUCUUGAUGUCUCGCAGCUCCGACAGAAACGCUACAGCCCGAAAACGCAAGAGAGGUUAGAUGAGGCGCAAGACUUCUGGGAUAGAUUCUGCAAAGGCGCCAAACGUGAUCCGAUGGAAUGUUUGUCCUGGAUCUCUGAUACCGAGGAGACGGUCCGCUUCCUCAAGGCUCUUUUUCCCUGGCGGUGUGAUCAGCGACGGGGAAAGGAUGGACGUCGCACCCCGGGGGUGAAGACCAAAAGCUCGCUCGACGCAUUCUGGAAGUGGUGGCAUCUGAUCUACAAAGCCGAGGUUGGACAUGGCCUCGGUAAAGGUAUCCAAGUUAAGAUCCGUGAUGUGCUCGCGAUAGUUGCGACAGAAAAGAAACUUUCCCUCAAAAAACGCCUGAAAGCGACCAUGUUUGUCGAGGAUGUGGCUGAGUUUGCCCGAGUGAUCCUAUCUACGACAGAGAUGACUUUUCCUUGUGGCUGGUACCGGAUACAACUCCUCCUUUUCUGCCAGCUGGCCGCUAUCACCGGUAGCCGUCCAGGGGCGCUACUGAAACUUCGCUUCCGGGAUCUCAAGUUGACAUUAAUUCGGGAUCCAAACGGAGGGCGUCCUAGACUUUUCAUCUACUUGAGACCGGAAUUCACAAAGUCAUUUCUUAGUGAAAAAGAGUCUCUGUUUUUUUGCCAAGCAUUGCGAGAGCCUAACGGGGUUCGAAUCGCACUAGAGAAGGGACUCACCAAGGGUUGGGUGAGUUACCGAAUGAAACGAGGCGGUGAGAUCACGGGCUUUGCAGAAGUCGCGAAGCCGUAUUGCCUCCGUUAUGGUGCAGCAAAGGCAUUCAACGAUAGUCCGGAUGUAUCGAAUGAAUUGCAGAACGUCAUGCUGCAGCAUGCAAGCAUUAAUACUUUUGUUCGGCACUACAGCGUGGGCAUUCAUGUGGACGCUCAGGCAAUUGUACGAGGCCUGCCUGCUCAGAAGCAGCUCAUGCGGUUUGCCUGCUCGAUGAGUCGGUCCAUUGACCCUCGCAGACCUUACCGGCUAGAGGAUACGAGCUGUAUCAAUGAUAUUCCCCGUGUGCGCGCUCUGGAAGAGAAGAAACAGGCGCGAAAGCGCACUCGAGAUGCGAAGAAGCGGACCUACGAAAAUGCGCAGGCUGCAUUUCAACAGUAUUUCGUGAAAGAUUUAAGAAAUGAGAAGAGACGGCAAAAGCACCGCUUAAUUUGUGAAAAUUUGGCGCGGUAUAAAAACGAGCAGCCAGUGAUUGACAGCGAACGGCAACUUGCCGGAAAAGUUGUUGACGAAGAAGUCAUAGGUGCGUUGCAGCGUACCGGCUAUAUGGCAACCCAGCAUAUGACGCUGAUCGACGCUGUCUUGACAAUGCCCGGCACAACGGUUGAGAAAGAAUAUAAGCGUCGAAUUGCUGCAAUAAAUGCCGUCGUUGCCGUCUGUUACGCAGAAGAGGGUGCACCCUCGCGGCCCCGUGUGACACCAAAGCGCUCCGCCGAUACUGUCGAUAUGCCGCCAGGUGCUCCCGUGCCCAAAAAGCAGAAGACAGUUGCUUCAGAUGCAGAAGAUGAUGCUUUUUCUCGCGCCAUCGCUUCAGUUUGCGUCAAAUCUCCGAAAGAGAGACCGACAAUUUGCUUUAUCUGCCUUGGAAAUCCAAUGUUGCCAGAAAGUGGACGACUGCGGAAGUUCAAGAACUCUGGCUCUCUCAGCCGACACUUUGUGAACAAACAUAUCAACCCACAUUCGAACGAUAUGCAAUCGUGCAUGGAACUGUUUCUUGCUUACCUCUACCAGUUCUUGAAACAAUUCCCCUUGGUAGAGCAGCUCUUCAAGGAAGUUGCUGCCGCUUGA